AUGAUUAAUAUAUUAUUUGAUAACAACAAUACUACAAUUCCUCUUAACAUUCGAGAAGCAUGUUUAUGGGCUAACAAUAAAACAUUUGAAAAUAUUUUGAAAUUUUCUUUAAAUAAUUUAUCAAUUUCUGAACUUGAUAUCAAUUUGGAUAAUGUUGACAUGACAGAAAAGCAUACAAAUAUUUUAUACAAUACUAUAAUCAAUGAGGGUAACAAAUUCCCAAAAAUUCAAAUACAAAGUUCCAUGUUAAUACAGCUUCAUGAUCUUAUAAUAGAAUAUAUAGCAACAUCGAGAGAUUGUACAAAAAUGGCAACUUUUAUUACUUUAAUUUUUUUUACUUCCCCAGAUUUUGAAUUAAGUGAAAGAGCAGAAAAAGUUGAAAUUAAACAAUUAGCUAAUGCAAAAAUUACAGACUAUCAAAUUGCCAAUAUUUAUUCUCCAAAAGUGAGAUUCUCAUUCUGCAAUCAAGAGAUGAGCCCUAUAUUGAUUAGUUACGUUCAAAUCAGAAAAAUGAAUGUAUAG